GGAAUGGUAAUGGUACAAAUCCGAUGAGCACGGUGUUUUCUUUUGGACCCGUGAAUUAUUUCACAAUGAUCGGAGAGCUUGACUGAUAGCACAGCUGAGCAUCGUCAACAAACACGCCGUAGCACGCGAUUCGCAAUCUCACCUCAUCUCACAUCACCGUUUGCCGCCACCAGCUUACCGGCGCUCCCAGUGAAGCAACCGCCAAUCGCGUGGAAGAGCAAGUGCAUCUGCCAUGGCUAAGAGGGAGGCAUGCGGCCAGUUCGCUGCCGCCAGUGCGGCAAUGGCGGCUGCUUCCAGUCAAAAUCAGUCGAAGGCCACGAUGACGGACCCCCGUUUUCGGAUCCGACCUCUGCAGCAAGUGGCAUCCGCCUGUACCGGCGCCAUGGUGACGGCCUGCUUUAUGACCCCUCUGGAUGUGAUCAAGACCCGUCUGCAGGCCCAACAGCAAGCGCUGCUCUCAAACAAGUGCUUCCUCUACUGCAACGGCCUCAUGGACCACAUCUGCCCCUGCGGCCCGGACACGCCCAACCCAGCAGCCGCCAAGCCCGCUCCCCGUUUUUCUGGCACCAUUGACGCAUUCAUCAAAAUCAGCCGCACAGAGGGCAUCGGCUCCCUGUGGUCGGGGCUCAGCCCAACGCUAAUCUCGGCCCUGCCCUCGACCAUCAUAUACUUCGUGGCUUAUGAGCAGUUCAAGGCCCGUUUCACCGACAUCCACUACAAGUACAUGCGACGCCCAGAUACCAGUGCCCACGACAUUCCACACCCGAUUCCAUUUCUGGUGCCGCUGCUGGCCGGCGUGUCGGCCCGCAUUCUGGCCGUAACCUGCGUGAGUCCCGUCGAGCUUAUCCGCACCAAGAUGCAGUCGCAGCGCAUGACGCACGCCGAGAUGUUCGGCACCAUUCGCCAAGUGGUGCAGUCGCAGGGCGUGCUGGGCUUGUGGCGCGGCCUGCCGCCAACCAUCCUUCGCGACGUGCCCUUCUCCGGCAUCUACUGGACCUGCUACGAGUACCUGAAGAGCUCCUUUGGCGUGGUGGAGCCGACGUUCAGCUUCAGCUUUGCGGCGGGAGCGAUAUCCGGAUCGGUGGCCGCCACCAUCACCACGCCCUUCGAUGUGGUGAAAACGCACGAGCAGAUCGAAUUCGGCGAGAAGUUCAUAUUCUCAGAUAAUCCACCCAAGCAAGUGGCCACCAAGUCGGUGGCGAUGCGCCUGGCCAGCAUUUACCGCAUGGGCGGUGUGCCAGCCAUUUUCUCUGGACUGGGCCCCCGACUCUUCAAGGUGGCGCCCGCGUGUGCGAUAAUGAUUUCGUCCUUCGAGUACGGCAAGUCAUUCUUCUACCACUACAACAUCGACCAGCACAAUCGGAGCAAUCAGGCGACGAAGGGUUCCGGCUCCUGAACGCGCUCCCAUUGCGGCGACUAGAGCUUGUCGACGUGAAUCUUUGUACAUAUGUAGAUUAAUGCCAAAGUUGCCAGGAAAUCGGUGGGCAGGUGGGAAAUCGUCUGCUGCUGGGUUUGGCGAGCCCCGUCGAAAUUGUUAAAUUGUAGUGAAAUAAAAUUCUUGUUUUUCUUGGUUUGAAAACAAACAUGAGCUACUUAUCAACAUUGCUUUUGAGCUCCAAAGUUGAGCGAGUUGAAAAAGGCCGAAUUCUAAUAAUCUGUAUUUCAUUUGAACAAAAUUACGACGCACAGUAAACAAUAUUGGGUAAUUUGUUCCUAGUUGAACAAAAUAUAUAGUUUUUGCUAAUGAAAAACCAAAAUGAUGUUGUUACAAUAAAAGCGUAAAAUAAA